UGCCAUCCCCUUGUGCUGAAUCCUAUAUAAGGAGGAGGGAUGUGAGCACAGUGGUCUGGGCUUCGAGGUCCCUCCAGCGAGCUCAGGGGCGGGGCACAAAGAUGCUUCGGCUGGGCUAUGCCAAGCCCGGGUCCUGGGCCAGCUUCUGGGCCAUCCUGACCUUGGUGGGUCUGGCCACUCGAGCAGCUCAGAGAGCCGAUGUUGGCGGGGAAUCCACGGGCACCUCCAUCAACCACUCCCAGCUGCUGCUCCAACGCCUGCAAGAGCUUCUGAGGCAGGGCAAUGCCAGCGAUGUGGUCCUGCGGGUGCAGGCUGCGGGCACCGACGAGGUCCGGGUCUUCCACGCCCACCGCUUGCUGCUGGGCUUGCACAGUGAGCUGUUCCGGGAGCUGCUGAGUAACCAGAGUGAGGCGGUGCUUCAGGAGCCCCGGGACUGUGCUGCGGUCUUUGACAAGUUCAUCAGGUACCUCUACUGCGGCGAGCUGACCGUGCUGCUGGCCCAGGCCAUCCCCCUGCACAGGCUGGCCACCAAGUACGGCGUGGCGUCCCUGCAGCGCGGCGUGGCCGACUACAUGCGCGCGCACCUGGCGGGCGGCGCGGGCCCGGCGGUGGGCUGGUACCACUAUGCGGUGAGCACCGGGGACGAGGCCCUGCGCCAGAGCUGCCUGCAGUUCCUGGCCUGGAACCUGUCGGCCGUGGCGGGGAGCGCAGAGUGGGGCGCCGUGAGCCCUGAGCUGCUGGGGCAGCUCCUGCUGCGCUCGGACCUGGUGCUGCAGGACGAGCUGGAGCUGUUCCACGCGCUGGAGACGUGGCUGGGCCGCGCCCGGCCGCCCCCCGCCGUGGCCGAGCGCGCGCUGCGGGCCAUCCGCUACCCCAUGAUCCCGCCCGCGCAACUGUUCCAGCUGCAGGCGCGCUCGGCCGCCCUGGCGCGCCACGGCGACGCGGUGGCCGACCUCCUGCUGCAGGCCUACCAGUUCCACGCCGCCUCGCCGCUGCACUUCGCCAAAUUCUUCGACGUCAACGGCAGCGCCUUCCUGCCCCGCAACUACCUCGCGCCCGCCUGGGGCGCCCCGUGGGUCAUCAACAACCCAGCCCGCGACGACCGCAGCACCAGCUUCCAGACGCAGCUGGGCCCGAGCGGCCACGACGCCGGACGCCGGGUCACGUGGAAUGUGCUCUUCUCGCCGCGCUGGCUGCCCGUCAGCCUGCGGCCCGUCUACGCGGACGCCGCGGGCACCGCGCUGCCGGCCGCGCGUCCAGAGGACGGCCGGCCGCGCCUGGUGGUCACGCCGGCCAGCAGCGGCGGUGACGCGGCGGGUGUGAGCUUCCAGAAGACCGUGCUGGUGGGGGCGCGCCAGCACGGCCGCCUGCUGGUGCGCCACGCCUACAGUUUCCACCAGAGCAGCGAGGAGGCCGGUGACUUCUUGGCGCACGCAGACCUGCAGCGGCGCAACUCCGAGUACCUGGUGGAGAACGCUCUGCACCUGCACCUCAUCGUCAAGCCGGUCUACCACACCCUCAUCCGGACCCCCAAGUAGCCAAGUGGGCCGGGGGGGCGGGGGGGCGCCUCUGGAGUGGGAAAUAGAGGCCUGGCAUUGAUGGCCUUCGGCAUGUGGGAGGCGUGCCACGAAUGGAGAUGCCUCCAUUGGUCCCCUGGGCGGCCAGGUGCUGGUGGCCUUGGAGCUGGGGUGGCGUCCAGGGGAGGGGUGGUAGACCAGAUGCUUGGUUUCAGGAGCUGAUUUCACAGCUGCCUCGAAGGCAGCGCUCUUGGUUGAAUAAACCGAUGCUCAGCGAGCCGAGGGGAUGAUUGAACUACCCAGCUCCCGGGUAAAAACAGCCCAAGGAUGGUCCCAGAGGUGUGGGGUUCCCCCACCUUUCAUUAGGUUUUCUCGAAGGUCCCCACCCCCACACGGAACAGGGCAGGUAAGGGCAAGCAAAUGGGCCAGCCUGGGAAAUCUGGGGGCCUCCAGGACCCCUUGCUGGACUUUUUUUCAAGAGGCUUAGCUGGGCAAUUUCUGAGCCCUGACUUCCAGAGGGUGCCCCCCUCCCCUCAAUUUGGCUAAUUAGGCUUUGUAUGGUUCUGUCCACCAAAAGACUCUGAUCUUUCAUGGGACCCACCCUGAGCAGGUGUGAAGGCUGGUGGGAGGGGGCAUGAAUGGACCUUGCUAGCCCCACCCUUCCCGGGGAGGGUCUAGAGAAAAACUCCUUUCUCCCAGGUAUUUGUAGGUUGAUGCAGUGGAACCGGCCAGGUGGAGAUGGGGUGUUGGGGAGGGAGGAAGGGAGUCGGAUUGCCUCUUUAUCAGUCACGAGCACCCCACAUUCCAGACAAGGUCUAGAUUCCAAAAUAACCAUCAAGACCCAAACGGCAUUUUAUUAUUAUACUGCCAAGUAACAAAACCAGAUAUCCUUCUCUGCCCCAACCAUAGUAUGUGAGGUGACUGAAGUGACCUCCCCAACCAUCCAGGAUGGCCUUGCCCCAGACUCGAGCCCAGGGGCCCUGUCCCACUAACAGCUCCCUUCACCUCACCACCCUUCCACGUCCAAGGCCGAGUCUGGCCACACGUCUCUACAGGGUUUUGGCAACGGGGUUCUAUUCAGGGCAGGGAGGCCAGGAAGUCCUGUCAUCCUGGCCCUGCUUCCUGGGCUCACCUCCCUUUCCCAGUGGCACCGAAAGCAUGGAGGUGUUGGGCAGGCACCCUCAUGAUUCCUGGGCCUCAGGAGCCCCAGCCUUCUGAGAUCCCGAGCUCCUGUUCGCAGGUCACCCCCAUCCGCCCAGCCUCCACCUCCUAUUUUCUGCUACACCCCAUCCAGCCUUGGGGGCAGGAGGGCAGGUUCCAGUCCCCUCAGGUAUGCCGGAAGCGUCCGUCUUUGCCAUGGGUGCUUGCGCCAUGAGGCAGGUGGGGCCCACGGGCAGCCCGUCGGGAAAUACCAGCUGGGUUGGAGGGAACAGCGAGGGGUGAGGAGUCCCCAGGGCCUGCAACAGAGAAAGGGCCAGGAGCAGGGGGUUAGGAAUUCCUCCCACUCCCUCUCUGGUCAUCCUAGUGGCCUUGAACUCCUCAGGGGCACAAGCCCAAGAGGCCAGUCCCAUAGACGUUCUGUGAGAGCCCGGUUUCCAACUGUGGACAGCCGUAGGUACAGGGAAAUCAACACGCCUCCUUCCUGGGGUGGCCAAGGGCUCCCCUUCCCCAUUCCGUCCCUCGCUGGUACUGACCCGUGCUCUGGCUUGGAGGGAGUUUGACCUUGGCCAAAGGCAGCGUGACCUUUCCCAGAUGCCGGAUACCAGGUGCUGGGUGUCCACACACGGGCACCCUGUGGUCCAAGAUGCUCUCUGUGGGACGGGGCCCCAGGAGGUGUGUCUUGGGGCGGGAGAGCUGCGGUGGUUGGAGAACAGUGGGGUGAGUCGGAGCCGUAUGGUGUAUACCCCCGUGCCAGCCCGGGGGACAGAGGCAUGGAGGGUGGCGCAGGGCUGGAGGUGCCCUGGGGCCUCUGGAGGAGUCCAGGCUCUCAUCCACAAUGAAGGGGCGCAGAUACCCCAUGCCCUGUCUUUUGCCUCACCCCUUGCCCCGUGACCUCAAAGGACCGGGACCUCCGUUUCCUCUUCUUGGCCUCCAGGGACUCCUCCCGUCUCUUGCCCGGGCUUUUCUUCUGGCCACGCAUCCAGGGCCCGGGGCUGUCGCCGACAGGCCCGACUGCCUGGGAUGGGGCCUCGCCUGUGCUGCUAGACAGGUUGUCCUCACUGGCAGCGUGCUGCAGCGUGGGGCUGGGUGGCCGCUUGCAGGCCAGAGGGCCCGGGGGCUGCGAAUCGGCCUCACUCAGCGAGGGCAGAGACAGGCUGCUGCACUCCAUCGCAGGUGCCAGCAGGUGGCGCCCCUCGGCGCCCAAAGCCCGCGAGCGCCGCCUGGCCGCCUUCACUGAGAUGCACUUGGUGCCCGUCAGGAUCUCCUUCUUCUCUGCAGCGGGAAAGGAGCACCCAACCUGGGGUCAGGAUCACAUAUUCCUCCCCCUCCCUCACCUCCAACGCCCCUCCUCUGCCGAGACAGGAAAUGAGUAGAGCCGGAAGGCCAGCUCUCCCACUUGCUUGCUGUUUAAGAAACCGGGGGGCAAGUUUCCAAGCCUUACUUUCAUCUGUAAAGUGGGGAUGGUGACAUUAACCCCACAGGGUCAGUGUGAGGAUUAACUGAGAAGAUGGGCUUAGCCUGCAGUCAGAGGGUAGGGAUUCCAUCUAUA